AUGGAGGGCCAGAGCGUGGAGGAGCUGCUGGCAAAGGCGGAGCGGGACGAGGCAGAACUACAGCGCAUCACGGUGCAGAAGGAAUUGGAGCUGGAGUUCGACCUGGGUAAUUUGCUGGCCUCUGACCGGAACCCCCCGACCGGGCUGCGGCACGCGGGACCCACACAGGAGGCCGAGCUGAGGGCCCUGGCGCGGGACAACACGCAGCUGCUCAUCAACCAGCUGUGGCAGCUGCCUACCGAGCGCGUGGAGGAGGCGCUGGUGGCACGGCUGCCGGAACCCAGCACUCGUCUGCCGCGCGAGAAGCCGGUGCCCCGGCCGCGGCCGCUUACUCGCUGGCAGCAGUUUGCGCGCCUCAAGGGUAUCCGUCCCAAGAAGAAAACCAAUCUGGUGUGGGACGAGGGGAGCGGCCAGUGGCGCCGCCGCUGGGGCUACCAGCGCGCCCGCGACGACACCAAGGAGUGGCUGAUCGAGGUGCCGGGCAAUGCCGACCCCAUGGAGGACCAGUUCGCCAAGCGGAUUCAGGCGAAGAAGGAACGGGUGGCCAAGAACGAACUGAACCGGCUGCGUAACCUGGCCCGCGCGCACAAGAUGCAGCUGCCCAGCGCGGCCGGCAUGCACCCUGCUGGACACCAGAGUAAGGAGGAGCUGGGCCGCGCCAUGCAGGUGGCCAAGGUCUCCACUGCCUCUCUGGGGCGCUUCCAGGAGCGCCUGCCCAAGGAGAAGGCUCCCAGGGGCUCUGGCAAGAAGAGGAAGUUUCAGCCUCUUUUCGGGGACUUUGCGGCCGAGAGAAAGAGCCAGUUGGAGAUGCUGCGAGUGAUGAACAGCAAAAAGCCUCAGUUGGACAUUACGAGGGCCACCAAUAAGCAGAUGAGAGAGAAGGACCAGGAGGAGGCGGCUAAGCGGAGGAAAAUGAGUCAGAAGGGCAAGAGAAAGGGGGGCCGACAGGGUCCCGGGGGUAAGAGGAAAGGGGGCCCGCCCAGCCAAGGAGGGAAGAGGAAAGGGGGUUUGGGAGGCAAGAUGAAUUCCGGACCUCCCGGCCUGAGUGGCAAGAGAAAAGGGGGGCAACACCAAGGAGGAAAGAGGAGGAAGUAAAUUUCAUCCUUGGACCUUCUCCUAAACCAAGAACUGUACUUAAUGCUAAGUUCUAGAUACAGUACCCAGAUGCACAAGAUUUGGCCACUGCCUUCAUUGAGCUUGAGGUUAAAGGGCCAGGUUUACCCUCCUCUGAAGAUGAUAUGUAAAUGUUGGACUGGACAAAUUAAUGUAUUUCCCACAACCAAAA